GGCGGGGCCGGAUACGAAAGUGAAAGUGAAAGUGAAGGGUCCUGGUCCCGGUCCCGGCCAUGGAAGCGGAGGAGGAGUCCUUCGUGCAGCUGCCUUGCCCCUCGGGGUCCGUGGUCCUCAGCGCCGAGCACCUCCGGCAGGAGAUAGAGCGCUGGAAGGAGCUUUGCAGCGCUCUGGAGCAGGACCAUGUGGAGCUGCAGACGGCAACGGCAGCUGUGAAGCAAAGGACGAGAGAGCUGAGGAAGGAGAGAGAACGGCUUUAUGAAACCUUCAAGCAGCAACAGUAUUUAGACAGAGAAGAAGAGAUCUGCCUCCAGGACAGCAUUUUUCUAGCAAGGGAAUUGAAGAACACGCUGACGAAGAGGCAUCAGAUUCUGACCAAGACACUGGAAGACAAAAGGAAGAUGGUCUUCUGGAAGGAUCCAGAGAUGAUGCUGCCUGUCUUGCCAGAGAAGAAGAUGGCAUUUAAGGGACUUGUGACAAACAAGGAUCUGAACAAACUGAAGCUUACCCCACUGGUCCACUACCCUUUGCAGGGUGGCUCAGCUCUCAUCACCUUUGAGGAGGCAGAGGUGGCUCAGAGGAUUAUAGAGGCAAAGGAGCACACGGUGCAGCUGAGCUGUGGGGAGGAGCUGGAGGAGCUGGAGCAGUGCAGAGUGCGGGUGCAGGCAGCGCCAGUGGAUGUACUGCUGCCAUCUGCCCUGGAGAUCAGGCUCACUCAGAGCAGCAGGAGCAUCAUCCUGUCUGAGCUGCCAAGCGGGGACAUCCCCGAGGAGGCACUGCUGGACAAGUUGGAGGUCUUCUUCGGCAAGGCAAAGAACGGGGGUGGUGAGGUGGAGAGCACGAAGCUCCUGAACAACUGUGGCCAGGCAGUGCUGACCUUCGCAGAGGACAGAGUGGCAGAGCUGCUGAUUGAGAGAGGCCGCAUCCAGGUGCCCUUGGGGAAGCAAACAUACGAGCUCAAAAUAUCCCCGUGCGUGAGUGGAGAGGUUUCGAACCUGCAGCUCCAGCCCUCCCGCUGUCCCCGGACCGUCCUGCUCUCGGGGAUCCCGGACGUGCUGAGCGAGGAGCCCAUGAGGGACAUGCUGGAGAUCCACUUCCAGAAGCCCAGCCGCGGCGGGGGGGAGGUGGAUGCCCUCGGUUACAUCCCUGCGGGCGGCCGCGGCGUGGCCGUGUUCACGGAGGACGCGGAGUAGCGGCGAUUAAACCGUGUGCAGGCAGCGG